CUUAAAAGCAAUUCUAUCGUUUUCGGCACGGGCGAGACGAUUCCCGAGCAAUUGACUUUAUUUUAUAUUGUUUUAUAAUACUACCGGAAUAAAAUAAAAAACAUUUUUUUAAGACUAGGCGUCAGUAUUUUAUGACUACGAGGCACUUGGCCGCGAAUAGCAUUAGAUGGUAGACGACACUUGCCUACAAAAAAAUGAUGAACAGCGAUCAAGACGAAGAGCUCAAGCUCAGCAAAACACAUUUCGACGCGAUCAAACUUUUGGAGGGAGCAUUGCAAAAAAUGGAUGGAAUCAUAUCUUCAGAGCCAACAUCAAAUUCAAAAUGUUUCACCAAUUUAAAUGGACAGACUAUAUUAAAUAAUUUUAUUCAACAAGAAAACUCUGAUGAUUCUUCUGAUCAUUUAGAGUCAUUUAAGCUCCAAGUUUCCGUGUUAAAUAACCAAGUUGAUAUUCUUUUAAGAAAAUUAAAUCAUUUAGAAAAAUAUCUAUUACAGCAAAAUGAAUUGAGAAAAAAAGCUGAAAAUAGGCUUCAUGAGGAAAUGAUUUUAAAAUCAAAACUAGAAACAGAAAAACUUGAAGUUAUUGCCAUGCUCACUAAUUUGAAAUUAGUUAAUGUAAUGCUAACUAAGGAAAACAUGAAUCUGAAAGAAAUGAUAAUAAAUAACCAAAAUACACAAAAUUCAACAACAUCAUCUUAUACAUCAGAAGUAAUAAACUCUCAGUUCCAUCGUUCAAAAAACCAUGGAUCACGUUUCUAUUGUAGUUUGCCUCGACAUACUAUAUCUAAAAAGAAAAACGAAAACAAGAAUAUUAACAACGAAUUAUUAAAUGAUAUUACUGAAUCAUGUGCAAAUUUAAUGAACAGAAGAUCACAGUUUGACAAAUGUUCAUCAGCGCCAAAUUUAGUUGAUUCAAAAAAUGAUUGUAAAAAUGAAAAAAUUUUAGAAAAUAGUUCAAGUUUUUUUUCCAGCACCAAAAUUUAUUCUUCUCAAAAUUCAAAUUUACUAAUUAGUGAGCUAAAUCGUCAACAAUUACAUGAUUGGUUUGCUGAACAAGGUAUUGAUUAUGUUUUAGAAGGAUCAAAAUUAUGGCCUACUUCUGGAAAAGAAUUAAUUUCUUCUUCCAUCAGUGAAAUUGAUGAAAAAUUUAAGUUUAAACAUUGGCUACAUAGAAAAAAGCUAAUUUUAGCCAUUCAAUUUGAAAAAGAUCCAAAUAAGUUAUUAGCUGAAGACAAAUAUCUGGAAAAAUCAAGAUAUUUAAAUACAUCUUGGGUAUUACAAUGGUUAGAUGACAUAGGUCUUCCACAAUAUAAAGAACCAUUUUUGCAGGCAGCUAUUAAUGGUACCCUUUUACACAGACUAACCAAAGACGAUUUUCUAAUGAUGCAAUUUGGAAAUUCAGAUUUACAUUUCUCUAGUCUUCGAUAUGGAAUUAAAGUAUUGAGAAAGAAUAAUUUUGAUCCUGAAUGUUUGAUCCGUCGGUCUAAUACUAACAAAAAUGAUGACGAUUGUAAUUUAUCACUAUGGACAACGCAUAGAGUAAUGGAAUGGCUUUGUAGUGUCAAUUUAGCUGAAUAUGCAUCUAAUUUAAGGGGUUCUGGUGUUCAUGGUGGACUAAUAGUAUAUGAUGACAGAUUUACUUCUGAGCUUCUAGCAGACAUUUUAUUCAUACAACAGAGUAAAACAUUGUUGAGGCGUCAUUUAAGCAUACAGUUUAGUCAGUUGAUAGGAAGAGAUUUAAAUCAAAAAAAGAGAGAUGAUCAGUGCAAACCAAAAUAUAGACCUCUAACAAUAUCAUCUAAGACCAAAAUUCAAAAGAAAUCACAAUUUUCAUUGAAGAGGAAAAAAAAUAACAAUGAAUUGAAUAUUGGUGAUCUGAUUUGUCCUAUCGACGAUUGAAACUAGUAGUUUUAUUUUCACGUAGUUAAACCAAAGUUAAGAUACUUUUAGUACAUGACAAAAAAGACUUAUUGCUUAUUAUAUUUUAUUAUUGUAUUUAAAUUAAUCAUAAUAAUAUUUGUUAAAAGAUAUAACAAUAAUUAACGAUU